AUUAAAUGAUAAAUAAAGAAAGUUGUAGAAAGUUUCUUUCUCUUUCUACGAAAGUAGAUUGAGGUUAACUUUUAUCAACAAGUUUUUGACGUUUUUUUUAUUAAAUAUGAAUGGUUUGAAUGUGAUUAUUAAAGAACAACAAGGAUCUUUGGGUGAAAAAGCUUCGUAUACUACUCGAGAUGGUCGAAAAAUUUUGAGGUUAAGUAACACAACAAAUUUCUCAAAAAACAUUGCUGAGAAAAUCAAAUCUGUUCUACGUGAAAUUUAUUUACCACAUGGUUACCCAGAAAGCGUUAGUGAAGAUUAUAAAAAUUAUCAAAUCUGGGAUACUUGUCAAGCUUUUUGUAGCACGAUAACGGGAACUUUUACCACUCAAGCUAUAUUAAAAGGAGUUGGUGUUGGGAAUGCCGAAGCUACCCCUCUAGCUGCAGCUAUUACUUGGGUUAUUAAAGAUGGAACUGGAAUGUUAGGAAGAAUUAUUUUUGCUUGGUGGAAAGGAAACAGUUUAGAUGCUGAUUGUAAAAAGUGGAGGUUAUUUGCAGACUUUUUAAACGAUAUUGCAAUGUUAUGUGAGUUAUCUGUACCUUAUUUUUCUGAAUUUUCUAUGCAAUUUUUAUGUGCUACAACAACUAUGAAAGCUGUGGUGGGUGUAGCUGGUGGAGCAACAAGAGCUUCAAUCACUCAACAUCAAGCAAUUAAAGGAAAUAUGGCUGAUGUAUCAGCAAAAGAUGGAAGUCAAGAAACUAUAGUUAAUUUAAUUGCUAGUAUAUUUGGUAUUAUUCUUUUAGCAUUUAUUAAAAGUGAACUUUAUGUUUGGAUUGUUUUUAUAUUUUUCACUUCAAUCCAUUUAUUAACUAAUUACUUCGCUGUUGGUUCAUUAAUAUUUAAACAUUUAAAUACAAUGCGUUUAUUGUUGGUGAUAAAAACAUAUUUAAAGCUGGAUACUGUUAGUUCUGUUUUAACAAUAAAUAGUAAAGAACCAUUGAUACUCGGAUUGGGCCCAUCAAUAAAAAACUUGUGUGGUUUUAACAUAAAAUUAGGAUGUUCGUUACAACAAAUCUCUAAAACCCUUUCCGUCGAAGAUUUAGAAGAGAUUAUCUCCGUUUAUGACUCAAAAAAUUAUUUAAUUAUCCCAAAUUUUCAAGAUAACAUUCUUUACGUGCCGUUAUUAGAGAAUGAAAAAGCCGAAACGGUUGUUUCAGCGUUUUUCCAUGCGGUUAUGAUGGGGAUUGCGUUGUGUAAAUACAAUAAUUUGCAAUCAGAUACUAAUAUAAAACGUCAAUUGAGGCAUAUCACACCAGUGAUAAGACUGAAUGUUAUUAUGAAAUCAUUUCCAAGGAAUGAAACUGGUGAUGUCCAAAAUUUUCCAGCUCAUUGUUUAAAUGAAUUUAAUGAAUACAUCAAUUUUGAAGUUCACAAUUUUUUUACAGCUUUAAAAAUUAAUGGUUGGAAUACAAACAUACAUGCUUUGGAUAUUGAUUCUUGGAGAUACUCUUUUUGUUAUGAUAAAGAUUCCUAAAAAAUCUUUUUUUUAUGUGUAGAUACAUAUUAUAAUUAAGACAUAAUAUAAGAGUAAAAAGGUU